CCCAUCAUUAAGAUCAUCAAUUCGCAACUAUUUCCCCAUCGGGUAAUGAUAACUCAAAUCCAGCCAUACUCCAACCCAUAUCAACUCCAUGUGAGCCGAGGAUAUCUUAUCCCGGAGACUUAUAAGUGAUCUAUCAUCCGGUGCGAUAUAUGGAAAUUAACCACAAGUACGGAUUAUAUUAACAAAGACCGAAAUGGAUCAAUUCAAAGAACUCACAGCCCACCCCCAAGUCCAGCAGGUACUUCAAUCGCCAUUAGCCCAGAACUCCCUGGCCGCGAUUCUGGCCCUGGGUUUCCUGAGGUAUACCAAUCGCACGCUGUCCAGAUGGAGUCUGAACAACUGGAAUUCAGACUCUUGGCAGGGUGAGAAGGAGCUGGUUCUUCUCACCGGAGGUACUGGCGGUAUUGGCCGUCAGGUCAUGGAGGAUCUAUCACAGGCGGGUGCUAGAGUGGUUAUUGUGGAUAUCAAGGAGCCUGAAUUCAAACUGCCCAAAAACGUGUCCUUCUACAUCUGCGACAUCACAAAUUCAUCCAGCCUCAAGACCGUAGGAGACAAAAUCCGUCAGGAACACGGAGAACCCACGGUCCUCGUCAACAACGCCGGUGUAGGCCAUGACGGGACCAUCCUCGAGGAACCCGAGGACAAGAUCCGGCAGACCUUCGAAGUCAACACGGUCUCGCACUUCAUGACUGUCCGAGAGUUCCUUCCGGACAUGAUCAAGAAGAACCACGGCCAUGUGAUUACGAUUGCUAGUAUGGCUAGUUUUAUGGCAUUGGGUGAGAUGGUGGAUUACUGUUGUACCAAGAGCAGUGCGUUGGCGUUCCAUGAAGGGCUGAGACAGGAGUUGAAAUUCUGGUACCAUGCACCCAAGGUUCGGACCAGCGUGAUUCACCCCCUCUGGGUGCGCACAGCCAUGAUCAAGCAGCUUACCGACGCCGGUGACCAAUUCAAUCAGCCGGUGUUGACACCCCAGACCGUGUCUGCGGCAGUCGUCAAGCAGAUCCUGACACAGAGCAGUGGCCAGGUGAUCCUACCUUCGCGGUUGUCUUACUAUUCGCUGGUUAGAGCGUUUCCGUCGUGGAUGCAGGAGACUGCUCGGGGGAUUGGAUCGGGGAUUCUGCGGAAGCUGCGCAAAUGGGAACAAAGUGGGCAAUGAUUUAGUUAUGUAUUGUUAUGUAUGAAUUUGUAUGAUUAUUCCGAUUCUGUAUGUGAAUAUCAUCUUAUGUACUGAAUAUGUCAUAUGUGCUGGU